AUGGCAGCAGAGGUUCAACCCAUAGCGCUUUUGCGGGCUGCGAGCGGCCCUGCGCCCAAGACUGCUGAUCAAAGCUACUGGUCAACCUUCAAAAAUCCUAUUCUGCUGCCAUCACCGCAUAACGCCGGCAUCACGUCGAUCACGAUCCCUGACGCCAAUGCCUCUGGCACACAGGCCGACACAUUCGCGGUGACCAGCGGGAGUAGAAUCCAGAUCUAUGGCACCAAGACGAGGAAAUUGGUCAAGACCGUGAGCAGAUUCGGAGCCGACGACACAGCAAGAUCCGGUACUCUAAGAAAGGAUGGACGGAUUUUGCUUGCCGGAGGCGAAAGCGGUAUUGUGCAAGCCUUCGACACGUCAUCACGAGCGAUUCUUCGACAAUGGCAGGGCGAAUUUGCACACAAACUACCGGUGCACCUGGUUCGGUGGAACCCACACACCCUGACAGAACUCAUGAGUUGUAGUGAUGAUCGCACGGUACGAAUAUGGGACUUAACAGAGGAUGCUGCCAAGUGGACGGGCCUAGGACAUGAGGAUUAUGUGCGAAGCGGUGGAUUCUUGCCUGAGCAAGGCGGAAAUAUAAUCGUCAGCGGCAGUUACGAUCAGACCGUGCGCGUGUGGGAUACCAGACAACAGAACGAUCGUCCGGCAAUGCAUUUCAAACUGGCCGCACCCGUCGAGAAUGUUCUCGCACUCAGCAGCUCGUCGCUGGCCGUGGCUGCGGGGAGUGAUGUGACAAUCUUGAAUCUGCUCGCUGGCCGCGCAGAAAAUGUCAUCCGCGCACAUCAGAAGACCGUCACAUCGCUGGCCGUUGCACAAGGCGGAAGUCGCAUACUCACCGGUGGCCUGGAUGCGCAUCUCAAGGUCCACAAUACUUCGAAUUGGGAAGUGGUAGCCGGAUUCAAAUACCCGGCGCCCAUCCUCAGUAUGGCUGUCGUCCAAUCACCGGCUAGCAAGGAUGGCAUCCGCGAUGAUCGACAUCUCGCGGUCGGUCUACAGACAGGUCUCUUGUCUAUUCGUACUCGCCUCGCAGGCGCUGAAAAGGUUAGGGCUCGGGAGCGGGAGAAAAAGAUGGAUGCAAUCGUGGCAGGACAAGGAGACGAGUACGAACGACGUCAGAAAAAGAAGGACAAGCGUCAGGGUAUCUUAGCGCGAGACCGUGGAAAGGACUUUCGCGGCGAAGGCGCAGAUAUCGUCAUCGUUGGCAACGAUCGCUCCAAGAGCAAAAAGUUACAGCCUUGGCAGAGGAGCUUGCGCUCGGGCAAGUAUGCAGAUGCUUUGGACCAGAUCCUGCCUCCGGAUACAUGGCGUGAAGGAUACAAUCGAGACGACUUCAUGACACUCAUCACUGCCUUGCGGCAUCGCAGCGCACUACGCACUGCCCUGGCUGACCGCUCCGAGGAAAGGCUCAUUCCUAUCCUCAACCUCAUCAGUCGAUAUAUUGUCGAUCCACGUUACCUCGAUAUCCUUUACGAUGUCAUGUUGAUCAUACUCGAUCUGUACAGUCAGCGCUUGGCGGAAUGGCAGGGCGAAGAUGGUGAUGCGAGAGAAGUCGCCAUGCUGUUCCUUCGGAUCCGGAUACGAGUUCGUCAGUCGACGGAAUAUGCACAGAACGCGCACUCCAUCUGCGGCAUGAUUAACUUGCUUGAAAUGGGCUGA